AUGGCCGGCGGCGUUGACCGCCUGUCCGACCUUCCCGACGAGCUCCUCCUGCGCGUCCUCCACUUCGUCCCAGGCAAGCAGGCCGCCGCCACGACCGCGCUCUCGCGGCGAUGGCGCUCGCCCCUCUGGCAGUCCUCAGGCGCCGUAAACCUGGAGACGGACGUCGAGGACUGUGGCUGGGACAACGACCUCUCCUCCUCCCGGCGCGACGCCUUUGUGGCCGCGGCCGAGGCGGCGCUCGACGCCGCAGACGUCCCCGUCACGAGGCUCACCCUUCGUGUCACCGGCAAGGGCAAGUCUAUCGACGUAUUCCUGAACGGCCGCUGGGAUGUGAAGUUGCCUCUGUCGUCGUCGUCGCGGUACCACGGCGCGCUCGCCAAGUUGCUCUCCCACCGUGCGGUGAGCCGCGUCGAGGAGCUCCGGCUCGACGCCGAAGACUCUGAGUCCGACCGCCGCACGUACGGCGCCUGCUGGGAGGCCUGCUCGGACGAUGAGAUCAACCUCAGCUCACUCGGCGUCUACGUGUUCAACCUAGGCUUGGUGCCGUCGGAGAACCUCCGCAUGCUGGACCUCACCAACUGCAGCGACCUUGUUCCGGCGGCCUCUGCGGUCGUGUUCCCGCGCCUUUCGUCGCUGCGGCUGCACCAUGGCACCGUGCGGCUCGACGCCCUCCAGAGCCUCAUCUACGCCGCGCCUGCACUCGCCACCGUCCACUUUGAGUCCGUCAUCAUCUUACCACCAACAGACAGGGAGCCGGACUCUGGUUCGCCGAUCUACCACCAGUGGGACUUCAUUAACACUUCCCUUCUACCGCCGGCAGAAGCCCUGCUCCGGCUCCCAGCGGCCACCGUGCUCGCCCUAGAGAGGUGCAACUGGAAGAACAGCGAUGGCUCGCUGCGACACUACAUAGUGGACAAGGCCGGCAUUGUCCCGGCGGAGAUCGACGCGCCGAGGCUACGUCGCUUCAGCGAGGAGAGGAGGGCUGAGCUCCUGCCUACCUUCUCCAUCCUCCAGCGCCUUGAAUUGCACGGAGUGCACAGGCCCAAAGGUAAGACGGUGGCAGUGGCGAUCGCGAACCAGCUCCGCUGCUGCCCCAUGCUCCACGACCUCCGGAUCAACCUCACCGCGGACCAUCACUACCUACACUACUGGCGCGAGCACGAUGAUGAAAACUGCUUCCUCGAAAGGAAGUUCAGUGCUGACCGUGAAAAGUCCAUCGAUCUUCUAACCCGCCAUCGAAACUCAAAGCCGACGGCGAUGUCACCUGAAGGAAAUGAUGCCGCCAACUACAACGAGGUCUCCGAGAUCCCUGGCCUGAGCCAGCACUCGUUCGACUGCUUAGGGAGCUCUCUGGCGAGAGUGGCCUUGCAGUUUCGGCUUGGGGCGGCGAAUUGUCUUGGUGCCAAGCUGAUAAAAUUCUUUGCCGAGAACGCCAUGGUUCUUGAAGAAAUGUUUAUCGAAGACGGGAACACGAAGUUGUGGGAGCACAUUAGCUACAAGGUUGAGAAAUUGAUUUCUGAUUCAUCCAUAAGGAGGAAGCCUGGAGCGUCAAGCUUUGUUGUGUUGCCCUUACGAGGUGAUUUGACUAUUAAUAGUGAGAAUUAA